AUGUCGGGCCACAAUGUUAAUGUAUGUGAUAUCGGUGAUGAUGUUAAAAAUGUUUUGAAGAAAUUUCGUUUCCAGAAACACAGUUCAAAUUCAGCAUUAAUUUUGAAGGUAAAUAGAGAAAAGCAAACAUUAGAGGUCGAUGAGGAACUUGAAAAUGUGGAACUAGAAGAAUUGCAGGAUAUUCUGCCAUCACAUCAGCCUCGAUUCAUCAUAUACAGCUAUAAAAUGGAGCACAAUGAUGGACGAGUGUCAUUUCCAAUGUGCUUCAUAUUCUACACCCCUCGAGAUGCACACAUGGAGUUACAGGUGAUGUACGCGGGCACGCAGAGGGCGCUUGCAGCAGCGGUGGGCGCGCCGCGGCUGCUUGAGGUGCGCGAGAUCGACGAGCUCACCUCCGACUGGCUCCAAGAGAAACUCACCAGAUAA